AUGCUCUUCUCAGCCACUUAUGGAGAAGAUGUUGUAAAGUUUGCAAUGCAACUCAUAAAGAAUGCUGUCACUGUCACGCUCAAAAGGGAAGAUCAAGCGUUGCCGAAUAUCAAGCAAUACUUUGUGGAGUGUCCAGGAAGGGAUGCAAAGUACCAGGCUGUUGUUGAGUUGUACAGCGGGCUGACGAUAGCGUCGUGUGUGAUUUUCACGCAUACGCGAAGAAGUGCGUCAUGGUUGGCGGAACGAAUGGUCGAAAAAGGGCAUUCGGUUGGUGUGCUACAUGGCGAAAUGUCGGUCGAGGAACGUGCCGAAUCAAUUCAGCGAUUUAAAGAUGGCGACUUCAAAGUGCUCAUUACGACAAACGUGUGCGCUAGAGGUAUCGAUGUGACCCAAGUCACCAUUGUCAUCAAUUAUGAUCCACCGUUGUUAUACGAGAAUCAGUCUGAACCUGACUACGACACCUAUCUUCACCGUAUUGACGACGGUCUUUUUAGAACUGGUCGAUUCGGAAAGGCAGGCAUAGCAAUCAAUUUUGUGGACAGUCGUGAAGCACUUGUUAUAAUUAAGAAGAUUGAAGCUUUCUUCGGAAAGCCGAUUCCAAGACUCGAUCCGAGUGAUCUGGAGCAACUGGAGGCUGUUGAGAACGACUGA